UCGUCCGAUUGUUUAAUAAAUUUCAUCAUUGCGAGCGUCGAGUUACGACUCUCCAUCGACACUCGACUGGACGGCGUGUCGCGUGUAAACGACAGUCACUUUCCGUAGUCGUUGUCCCGCAAUCCGUUUCUUUUUUUUGUUACUGUUUUUAUUUCAUAAAAUUAUCUGUUUUGGUUAUUAUUUUUAUUUUAUUUUUUUUUUUAUUCUCAAUACUUUCUAGUGUUUUUGGGUCUACCUUGUAAAUUCUUUGUUUCCAUGGCGUUCGUCCCGAAGAAUUCACGAACCAAGAGCUUAUUAUCUUAAUAUUAGAAACUUAACAAAAUAAACAUUAAAUGUUUAAGUGAUUACACAAUUAUGAAUAUUGACGACAUGAUUGGCAACGACAAAAUGCAUUCCUUUUGUUUACCUGUUGAAUCAUGUGUGGUUUGUGGAGAUCGAGCAUCAGGCCGACAUUAUGGAGCAAUAAGUUGUGAAGGAUGUAAAGGUUUCUUUAAAAGAUCUAUUCGUAAACAACUAGGUUAUCAAUGUCGAGGUACCAAAAUGUGUGAAGUAACAAAAAAUCACCGUAACCGUUGUCAAUAUUGUCGUCUUCAAAAAUGCUUGACCAUGGGAAUGAGAAGUGAUUCUGUGCAACAUGAAAGAAAACCAGUUACAGAUAGAAUAGAAUCUAUUCAUAAUAUGUCAACUAGCCCGGACAAUAAUAAUAUUCCUACAUUUUCAUAUGGAAAUAAUUCGUUUAUUAAAACUGAAAUGCCAUUCAUCAAAAGUGAAAAUCAUUUCAUCAAAACAGAAAUCCCAUAUGUAGGAAAUCGUUCCAUAUAUAAUGAUCAAACAGCAUUGAAUUUACUCCAAACAUCAAACGAAAAUGAUUCUUCUAUUAGAAAUCAGAAUUAUAUGGAUUAUUAUAUGGCUGAAGAUGAAGAGUCAUCAGUUAGCCAUUCUCCAAAUAAUGAACAGGAUAUUAAACCAUUUAAUCACGACAACAAAAGCCUAUUAGUACUUACAUUGGAUUCUAUGACAAAUGUUACACAACAGAACUCCAAUGGUACUGAUUCAUCAUAUGAAGUUGAAGUGCAGAGUAACAAUGUUUUAGAUAUUUCUGAAGAUGUAAUGCCAUCUGUCAAUGUUAAUUUUCCAUUCCAAUCACCCAGUCCUAAAUACGCAUACUUAAAUCUACAUUUUAUCUGUGAAAGCGCUUCAAGAUUAUUGUUUCUGUCUAUAAAUUGGGUUCAGAGUCUUCCAGUUUUUCAGCUUCUAACAUUUGAAGUACAACUUAGUCUGCUAAAAAGUUCUUGGUCACAACUGUUUAUUUUGGGUUUAACUCAAUGCGCACAGGCAUUAUCAUUGAUACCAGUACUUAGUUCUAUGAUUACCCAUUUACAAAAUGAUGAAAUUCAUAACUCACCCAACUCCAGUAAAGCUAAAGAGCUCAUUGAUUACCUCAAUAGAAUACAAGAUUAUAUUACAGAAAUGGAAAAUAUUGAAGUGAAUGAUGUAGAAUAUGCAUAUUUGAAAUUAAUAUCCUUAUUUAACACUGAUAAUCCUUCUGAAAGACAGCAGUUAUAUAAACUACAAGAAAAAGCUGUCAAAGAAUUGAAACAGCAUUUAAUCAAAGAAUGCAAUGAUGAACACCGUAUAGCCAUAUUAUUGUUACGACUUCCAACUUUACGAUCAUUACAACCUAAUAUCAUAGAAGAAAUAUUCUUUUCUAGUUUGUUGGGAAGUUUUCAAAUUGAUGCAGUUAUACCUCAAAUUUUAAAACUAAAAUGUUCUAGUACAGAGUAUGAAGAUUUUGUUUCAAAAAACUUUGUAUCAUAAUAAUUAUGAUUAGUCGUAUUUAUGGUUUGUAUUCCCAUUAUAAUCUUCUUGUAUUUAAAUUUUAGUUUUAUUUAGGCUUGAAAAAUAUUAUAAGUCAAAAUAUUUAGGUAAUAGUAAUGUCUCUACUUAUAAGAUAUUAUUUAAAAAAAAAUUAAGUUUGCAAUUAUAAAUGUUUUAGUUUUUCUAAAUACUUAAAUAGUUCAAUAUCUGGAUUAAUAACAGUGGUGCGAAACCAGACAUUUGAUAAAAAUAUAAGUUAUUUAAAUAUUGUUUGAUAUCUAAAAAAAUAGUGUUUCAGAUUGUAAACAACUCUCUAACUCACUAGUUGCUAUGGAUAUUAAUUGUAAUUGUAAUAAGUUUUAAAAUAAAACAUAAAAAAUAGUUGAGAGGAUGUCUUACAAACAGACAAAACAGUCAAUUCACAUUCAUAGUUUCAAUUUUGUGUUGUUAGCUUUAAUACUUUAGUAAAUCUAACUAUUUUAAAACUUAAUGGUAAGAAAAGCAUUCGGUUGUCUGUGUAAUCUGAAUAUCAGUGUUUACUCAAUGGAUUUUUACACUAUUUUAAUUUAAAGAAAAUUAUGUGUAUUAAUGUAUAAAAUAUAAAUAUUUUACAUACACAUAAAUCUCAUAAAAUUUAUCAAAAAAUAUCAAAAAAAAAAAACUAUAUAGCCAGAUAUUGUUCUUUUAAGCUAAAACCACAAAAUCGUAACUGCUGAAAUUAAUCUUGUUAUGUUGUGCAUUUGUGAAUUUAAAAAAAACACAUGGAUAUGCAUUAUACACAUGUCCUUUUAAAAUCAAAAAUAAUAAUCAUAGCAACUAUUUCACACUAUUACAAUAACUUUAUUUUUGUUUAAGAAAUUUCUGUUGAACAACUUUUUGUUGUGAUAGUUAUGUAUAGUUUAUGAAGCGUAAUUAGGACUUAGUAGACAUCACAAAUUAAAGAUAUCUUUAAUUGUGGUAGACAUGGUGUGUCAUGUUGGUAAAUAUUUAUGGAUGUUCGCUCAUCAUAAAACAGGGAAUGGUGAGGAAGCAGCUGGACACCAUUUCUAGUUGACAAUAAUUGAUGUGUUUUGCUGUAAUGAUUUCAAAAUAAUUCUCGCAAAAUCCAAGUUUCCGAUUGCGUCAUUGUUGUCAGUGAGUAAUUGUGCAUAAUAUUUUCUUUUAAUUAAUUUGAAUUUUGAGAGGGAGGGGAGUAAACAAUUAUUGUUUUAAUAUCUUGUUUCUGUUCUUAAAUAAGUAAGUUAUAAUAAAAUAUCAACAUUUAUUUUAUUUAUAUAUAUAAAAUAAUGCCGGGAUGAUUAAAAGUAAAGAAUUAAUUAGUUUAAUUUACAAAUAAUGUACAAGCAUGUACAAAAGUAUAAUUGAUAAUUUAUUAAUUAAAUAAUUAUCAAUAAAAUGGAGUAGUAAGAGUAGUGGUAUAUCAUGUAUACUAGUAUAUUCAUUUAAAUAAAAAUAUAUUAUAAACCUCCUUUUCAUAAUUUAAUUGUAAUUUAUAAUUUGAUGUAACCAGUCUUCCAAAAAGUUGGUGAUUGAUUAAUUCCAAAUUUGUAUUUAUUUUGGAUAUUGUUAUAAACAUUUUUUAAUCUUUUGAGCUUAAUAUAUUUUGUUUCUUAAUUAAAUGUAGCUAUGUAAAUAUUUAAAGGGGUGUAAAAAUAAAUAUUAUAAUUAAUGUCUUUAAAGUGUAAUAAGUCAAAUUUUUUAUACUUUAAGUUGCUAUUCUGAUUAUACUUACAAUAGUUGUUUUAUUAUUUAAAUCACAAUAAUGCUUAAAAAUAAAUAUUAUAGAAGCUCAUACUAGAUAUACCAAUAAAAUUGUACCAAAGAGGGUUAACGGUAUUGAAAUAUGAAGCUGGUAUUGAUAUAUUGGAAACAGUACCGGAAGUACUAACAUACAUGUGUAAAGUAUUAUGUAUUAACACAUUUUUAUCAUUACAUACGUACAAUAAAAUUACUCAUUUCUUAUUACUAAUUAAGCUGUCUGGAUACAUACAAGUUUCUAUAUAAUAAUAUUAUAAUUAGUGCUCGGAUUCAAAUGCCUUAAAAAUAUCAAUAAAAUGCAUUUAUGAAUUAAAAACUGCCCUAAAAAUAUGAAA